GAGCCCGAGCCGAGCGUCAGGCCGCAGUCCGCCUCCGAAGCCAGGCCCGGCACGAUCGUUGUGUUUACCGCGUCGAGCCAGCUCAGUGUGUCGGCGUUGCGAGCCAAACCGCGAGCUGAUAUUCGCGAGUGUUCUCUAAGUGACGACCCUCUAAUUGUGAACAGUGUUGACCAGUUCUUGCGUGUGAGUGAUCUCGAGUGAUAUGUACUACUGCUGUGCGUGUGUUCUUGGCAACGCCAUGAGUGGAGACGACUGAAGAGCCCAGUUUGGAUUAUCCCUACGCACCGAGUGGACUUAUCCGUUUUGGACUACUCGUUACUCUUGGAGCAACCCCCGUCGAGGCUGAAGCCAUGCUGAAGCACGUCCACCUGUCCCCCGGGCGGGGCCGGGACCGGGACAGGUCCGGCGGCGACAACGUGUCGCUGCGCUCGCUCAGCUCGUGCUGCUCGCUGUCCCCCGACCUGUCCCAGCCGCUGUUCUCGCACUCGCGCUGCUCGUCCUUUUCCUCGCUGUCCGAGACGCCGUCCUCGUCCUCGUCGUCGUCGUCAUCGUCGUCCUCGUCGUCGUCCGGGUCCAUCGUCCAGGAAAUGCCGACGACGACGGUGAAGGUGUACGCCCGCUGCCUGCGCCCGGACAUCGAGUACAAGACGCUGGGCAUCACGUUCCGGACGACCUGCCGGGAGGUGGUGGAGGCGCUGCUGUCCAAGUACCGCAUGCGGCACCGCGACCCCAACCUGUUCUUCCUGACGAUGGAGGUGACGGUGCGGAGGGCGGGCGUGCGCACCGUCCUGGUGCUGGACGAGGAGACCAGGCCCGCCGCCCUGCAGGCGUGCCACCCCACUGGCGACUCCAGGUUUGCUCUUCAGACAAGGCGUGGUGGUCUAGUCAAGAUAUACGACAGUGCUCUAAUGCCUGGGUCCCAGUAUAAAAGUCUUUUAAUCUCCGAGCGGACAACUGUGGAUGAACUUCUCCAAAUCUUGCUGAACUGUUACAAUAGCAAAGAACGCGUGGAGCAGUUCUCUCUUUACGAAGUCAAUAGCACUCAAGAGUAUCAACGGAAACUGCAUCCAGAUGACUACCCAUUGAGAGUUCAACAAGCGUGGCUCCCACAACAUCAACUCCAUUUCCUUGUGCGCAGAAAUACUGAAUAUAGAAUUCGUAGGGGAAAGCAAUCUCAAUGGAGUCCAGAGUUGGCAUCUAUCCCUAGCUCAGCUCCCGUCAGCACCCGAGGGGUGAUGCCAAUGCCACUGUCCUCAACUGCACCCUCAACUUCUUCUCCAUUUGCUAAUCUGCAUGCAGACUAUGAAAACUAUUUCUACAUUUAAUGUUCUCUUUGCAUUUGUUUUCAAAAUGAAACAGAAUGCAUCAAGAGUAGUGGACAGGUAUAUUUGCGAAGCAAAGGUGACUACAUGAGUUCUAGCCAAGGCUGACUGCCUAAGCAGCCAUGGCCUUGAUUUCUUUGUGUAAUCCUUUCCUUUUGUAAAAUGAAGACUUUGUUUGUCCUACUCUAAAAUAUUAAUACUUGUGUACCUGAGCCAAAGUAACUGUGUGUGUCCCCACAGGCAAAGAUUAAUCAUGUACUAUUCUUGCCACCAAUUGUUACAAUAGGGCACUUAUUUUGUUAAAAUUUAGCAGUACCAGGGUGGACUGUCUGCUUAUGAAUAGGUUUAGGAAUGUCUUCUUUGCACUGUGCUUUUCGACAUUAAAAUAAAAUGAAUCAGUCUCAAAUACUGAACCUUAUGGCUGCUGCAGCUAUUACAGAUAAUAUUAUUAUUAAUAGUAAUGACCAUGUUCUCUGUGCAUAUGUGGCCAAUCUUUGAACUUUUGCAAGCAUUUUCUACAAAUUUAUAAGUUUAAUUUAUACUGUAUCUAUUUCACUCUAAAUACAGUGUGAAACAAUACUUUUUAAAUUGUUGUAGCCGAUUUUCUUUUCAGAACUUGUUGCUCUAUUUUAGUUGAGAAAGUAAUUUCUGAUGCAAAUUGAACAUAAAUCCAUCGUGUUUUAAACUUUUCCAAAGAUAGCAUAAUUCAUUUUUAAACAUUGGCCUUCAACCCGCCAAGUUUUAUAAUGAGUAAUUGUUUUAACUUUAAAAUUUUAUUAUAGAUUACCCCUGCAAAUGAUAUGUUGUUUGUGGGGAAAAGAAAGAAAUUAAAGUUACCUUUUAUGUUAUUUUAUGUACAUCAACUAUUCAGAUUUUGACAAUUUUGAUGUCUCUAGGUUUACUUUCACUAAAUGUGUUUUGUAAACACAUCACAUCAUACUUUAAGUUUUACGCCAAAAGUGCAAAAUACAUUUCUGCACACAUUGCUUUUGGCUGAUGUUUUACAUGGAGCCCCAUCAUAAGAACCUUCUAAUGUUACCUGCAAAUAUAUAUUUAUUUCUCCAAAAUUACUGUUAAGUAGUAGAUUUGUGAUUUUUUUUUUUGUGUGUGUUAAGUUUAAAACAUUGUUAAAAAUAGUGCAGGAAUCUUCUAUAAAUUAGUCAUGUGUUGAAUGGGAUUAACUUUAUGCACUUUUCAAGAACAAAAACAGUGGAGGAAUUUAGAGUGUUGUUGAUUUUAGAACUCAGCGCCCACAUCUCUGAAAAGUAAUACUGUAACUCUAAAACAGUAUCAAUUUUAAUGCUAAUGUUGAAUUAUUGUGUUGUGGAAUGAUAAUGCAAAUACAUCUAGGAUACAUAGGGCGUCCAGUCUUUGUGUGCUUGAAAGCAUUUGUGAAACUGACUUUAGUAAUAAUCACUUCUUUGAAUUGCUUGUUUCAUGACUCAAAAAGCUUAAGAAAAGAUAGUGGCAUAAACAAAUUUUUUCCCAACACAUUGACUGCUAGUCUAUACCAAAGAUGAUCAAUUUAUUAAUUACGGUAAUCUGUUAGUUCAUAAAAUUGUUCAAUGUAGUUAAUGAAAUGCAUCACUACAUUGUCAUAUCUAUGUCAUAGUUUCUUAUUGUAAAUUUAAAAAACUGUAAAAACAACAGAGAAUAAUAAAAGAUUUUUCAUUCUAAAA